AUGAGUUCCAAAAGACGCAUGGAAAAAGACGUCAUGGACUUAAUGAUGAGUGACCACGACGUUAACCUCAUCGACGACUCUAUCCAGCAAUUCCACGUGAUAUUCAAGGGCCCAAAAGAUACCCCAUACUCUGGCGGCGAAUGGAAGGUCAGGGUGGAGUUGCCGGACCAAUACCCCAUCAAGUCGCCAUCCAUCGGCUUUGUAAACAAAAUAUAUCAUCCGAACAUCGACGAGAGCUCGGGUUCUGUUUGUCUUGAUGUGAUCAACCAGACAUGGUCGCCGAUGUUCGGACUUUUGAACAUCUUUGAGAACUUCUUGCCCCAUUUGUUGCGCUAUGCGAACCCCAGCGAUCCCCUCAAUACAGAGGCGUCCAACCUCAUGACUAAGGACGAGGCCCGCUAUACAGAGACUGUCAAGAAGUAUGUGCAGCAAUAUGCACUGGAGUCACUUCUGGGAGUAAAUGGAGAGAAGUCUGAGGAUGAAGACGAGAACGACGAAUUGAGUGAUGUUGGCAGUUUGUCGAGCGACGAUGACGAUGAUGAGUAG